AGUAAACAGUAGUUGGCGCGUUGCGUUAGCUUAGCUCAGCAACUAAGGUCCUUCUGCUCGCGGCUGAAGCUCGCGCCUGAGGUUCGCGAGCUGGGACUACCCAUAACGGCAGACUUCAAACUCUGUGGUCGCUGAACUAGGCUGCUCUCGCCUUAUAGAAGUUUCCAGACAUACACCAUGAACGAAGGAGAGCAGUUUGUGAACAUUGACCUGAAUGAUGACCUUAUCUGCAGCGUCUGCAAGCUGGAGACGGACACAGGGACACUGUCCUUCUGCCACAUUUGUUUUGAGUUGAGCAUUGAAGGUGUGACCAGCUCCGCCCUUUUACACUCCAAGUCCCUGCGUGGUCACAGAGAUUGCUUCGAGAAGUAUCAUCUCAUCGCCAACCAGAAGUUGUCCCGGACCAAAGCAUCCCGCAGCACUUAUGAGGGUGUGAAGAAUGUUCUGAGCCAAAAGAUAAGCCGUAUUAUCCAAUAUGCUCAGAACAAGGAUGGUUUGGCAGAUGCAAGCCGCCGUGGGGUCAAGCACCAACUCCUUUGCUGCAGCCAGCAGGGAGACCGCAAGCUGGUGCCCCGGACAAGCUCACAUGUACCCCGCUACGCCCCCCGCUGGGAGGAGGGAGCAGCCUCAGGGGUCCCAGACCACUCCCAGGGCAUGCUCGGAUGUCACUCUGCAAAACAGCUGGGAUUGAGCGUCCUGGAAGAUGACGGCGCCCCGUUCUGUCCUGGGGCUGGUCUGUGGCCAGUGGGCAGGAAUGGUGUACAUCGGGCUCAGCAGCAGGGCGGCAAGCCAGCUGGGAUUCGACAACACAGGCCUCAGGGCCACACCCAGGAAGAGUUGAACAGAAUGAGCGUUGAUGAGCUUUGUCAGCUGAAGGGACAGCUGCGACUGCAACUUCAAAAGGUGUUUGAGGAGCUGACGGCAGCCGUCCAGGAGAAGGACUCCUUAACCUCAGAGCUGCAUGUCCGUCACAUUGCAAUCGAGCAACUCUUCAAGAACUGUGCCAAGCUCCCCUGGCUGCAGGUUGGCAGGGCAGGGGUCAAGGCAAGCAACACGCCAACGGAGUGACCGCUUGGCUUGGGACCAUGUCCCACCCCAUCCACCUCAUUGGCCUCUGAACCACCUGACUGGACUGCUCCAGCCACUUUUUUUUUUUUUUUAACCCAAGAAAAAUAUCUGGUUCUGUCUUAAAGUAUUAUUUUCUUACAUUUGGAUAGAUAAGAUUUAUAGGUAGGUAGGUAGGUAGGUAGGUAGGUAGGUAGGUGUGUGUGUGUGUGUGUGUGUGUGUGUGUGUGUGUGUGUGUGUGUGUGUGUGUGUGUGUGUGUGUGUGUGUGUGUGUGUGUGUGUGUGUGUGUGUGUGUGUGUGUGUGUGCGCGCUCAGGCAUGUAAUGUUACAAUGUAUGGGUGUAAUCAUGAUUCGGGUAAACCAGGUGAUCUGUGAGGCAAGCAGAGAAUAGGGCUGAAUGUAUAACCUUCAGCAUUGAUCUGAGAUGUCCGCAGAGAACAUGCUUCAUCUAUGCAGAAAUAAGAAUGAAUUCUGUGGUUCUCAUUUAAGAGUACACCCAUUUGUGCUUUUUUUAAAAUAUGCUUUAAAUACACACCAAAAUAGGAAGUACAUGUUUAAUAUUGAUCUGCCGUUUUUAAUCUUUGUUAUAACCUUCACAUUUUUGUCCAGAUUCAGACUAGAUGGUAUUUAUUUUGAUGUUUUCUAUUUAUUACGCUAGCGAUGUGGCUCUGACGCAACAUCUGUCUUGUGGUCAGAUCUUUUUAGCACCUCUGAGAUUUGUUCUGGUAAAAGUACAGUGCUUUCACCAAACGUAUCAGCAGUGGUUUAUGGCAUUUAGUCCCCUGAACUGGUUUACAGUUUGGCUUUUGGAUGUGGUUUUGCACCUCUUGGCUUAUCGUUUCCGCCUGGAUGACAGUUUCCUUGUUGCUGUGGUUACUUGCAGUAGGGAGGUGUAUGAUUGCAAUGGAAGUUCUUAAUUGGAGCUGAGGGAACCAUGCCAACAAUGCGAUCCUUUGAUGGAUAAAAAGUGGCUUCGUUUUCACGUAGCCAGUGUGAAAAUGCAAAGUGAAAUUUCGUAGGCCGUUUAAAAAUUUCACCCCCAUGUUGUACGCCAGUGUACUUUGUGAGAUUUUAUUGAGUCUUUGAAAUGUGUACCACUAUAGAUUACAUAUCAUUUUACAUUUAUUGUAGUUGGUUUUUAUUCUGCUGUCAUUCUGAUCAGAGGUGCAGCUACAUGUCAUUGGCACACAGAUUCUACCGUCUUGACUUCAUGCUCAUCAAAAGGUGUUUUCUGUUGACACUGUCGUUCAUUUUAGUUGCUUUAUCAUAGUGUAGAUGUGAUUGAGGUGUUAGUUUUAGCUGAUGUUUUUAAUUUCAUUGAUGUUUUUAUGAUUAUGCAUUUCAAAUAAGCAUAGCUCCUGCUGCUCUUUGGUUUUUCGUAUGACAAUCUUAUAGUGCUUUUGAGUGAAACGUAAAGUGUGCCUGCCCCCUGCUGGCCAUUCAAGGUGUACACUAUAUAUAUAUAUAUAUAUAUAUAUAUAUAU